AUGUCUGAUACUGAGAAGUCAGCAAUUCCCUUCGAUGCCGAGAAAGAACUUCCUGGGCCUCUCGCAGAUGCUAUUCGUAAUGGAAGUGUGGACAAAACUAUUCUACAACAUGCUGGAGACGCAGAUGAGGCCUUGAAGGCUUUCAUGUCACAUCCGGGAGAGGUCAUUGAAUUGGAUGAAGCCACCAACAAGCGCCUGUUACGGAAGAUUGACUGGAACCUGAUGCCAGUACGCAUGCCUAUCCUGGAAACGAGAAAAGCACGUACUAAUCUCACGCUACCCUGCAGGNUCAUGUGCAUUGUCUACGGGCUGAACUAUCUGGACAAAACGACACUAUCCUACGCUUCGGUUAUGGGAUUGAAGAAAGACACGGAUCUACAUGGACUUGACUACCAAUGGCUGAGUUCGAUAUUAUUGCAACGACUACCACUGGGGAAAUACUCGGCUUGCAACAUCAUUCUCUGGGGCAUGACUUUGUGUACAUUUGCUGCCGUCAAGAACUUUUCAGGCGGAGUCGCUGUCCGUUUCAUGCUUGGAGUUACUGAAGCUGCUGUAACACCUGGAUUUGCACUGCUAACAUCUCAGUGGUACACCAAGAAAGAGCAAGGUUCUCGCACGAGUAUCUGGUUCUCCUUCAACGGAUUCGCACAAAUCUUCGGUGGUCUAGUAGCUUAUGGUAUCGCANAAGGAACACGUCUUCACGGCUCUAGCAUCGAGCCCUGGAAAAUCAUCUUUNUGGUUACUGGAUGCUUGACCGUCUGCGUCGGCUUCAUCUUCCUUUGGGUCAUACCUGACAGUCAACUCAACGCACGUUUCCUCAGCAAGGAAGAUCGAGUCCUGGCUAUCGAGCGUGUCAGAUGCAAUCAGCAAGGUAUCGGCAACAAGCAUUUCAAAAUGUACCAGCUCAAAGAGGCACUACUGGAUCCCCUGACUUGGGCAUUCUUCUUCUACGCUCUAGUUGCUGAUAUUCCCAACGAAGAAUCCCUCCUGUAUGGAACCNCCGGUGGCGCCGUCGAAGUAAUUGCCCUUCUGGUUUGCGGCUACCUCGGCGACAAAUUCGGCAACCGUCUCUUGAUCUCCACUUCCGGCCUCUGGAUUUCUACUUUGGGGAUGCUGUUGAUCGUCUGUUUGCCUCUACACAACAAUAUUGGCCGUCUGUUUGGAUAUUACCUCACCCAAGCCUCGCCAACACCUUUUGUUGCCCUGCUCAGUCUCAUCUCCACCAAUGUCGCCGGAUGGACANAANAGACUACCGUGGCUGCUUUAUACCUGAUCGGGUACUGCGCAGGCAACAUCAUCGGCCCUCAAACCUUCCGUCCUAAAGAUGCGCCCAGAUAUGUUCCUGCAGAGAUUGUGAUUGUAAGCCCUCCUUCUGACCUUCCUCAUCCACAAACCACAUUCACUAACUCUCGAUCUGAUAGANUUGUUUGCUGGAUCCUGUGUAUUGCAGAUAUCGUCUUCAUCUACUGGUACUGCAGACGCCAAAACACCAAGAGAGCAGCCAUCCGCGCUUCUUCCUCCUACGUCAAACUAGAAAACCAAGAAUGGCUGGACCUCACAGAUCGCGAGAACCCCGAGUUUGUGUAUACUUUGUAA